GUUGGAAUGAGCAUCCCUAGCGUAGUGAUGAGUGACCUCAUCACUAGAUUGGCUAUAAUAUUCAUCAUCAUCAUCAGCUGUCGUCUGCUCGCUCAUAGAUUUUAUCAACCCACACAUUCUCUUUGCAUUUGCUCAAGUGGGAGGUCUUUAGAUUACUCUGUCGCUUUACCUCUAUACGCCACAAUCUGUUGUAGGCACAUGGCUACUUGACAGUAUAUAUGUCGCAGAUCGUGGUAGAUAGGCUUGACACCUGGCAAAGCCACGGGCAACCCACAUGCAGAGCUAAUCUGGUUUAAAGUUGAGGCGUCAACUUUGACAGGAAUUGAGAUUAGCUCUUCCUUAGAAGAUACCCCCGCUGACGCCUUGCGUCAUUGCACAUUCCGGGUUUGGGAUAUCCCUUGCAUAUAUAUCUUUGUGCCUUCUGGAAUUGAAAGCGGGGUGGGUGGUGAUGAGACGGUCCUAGAUUCUGUAGUGUGGGGGUUUGAAUGAUUGAGAUUGAGAGAAACGUGAUCUGCUCGCCAUGUGAAUGACGGUAUAUGUAGACUAGCACGAUGCCACUUUCGCUUUCGUGCUUCGAAUCCAGUCUGCGUAGUAUGUUGACCCCAGAAGGGACCGUAUAUUAGCUAAAACGCUAUCAACUAUUUUGAACGUCCUUCAUUCGCU